CUUUUUUCAUAAAUCAUUAUUUACAUGUCAACAAAAAUUUAAAGUAUUAUUGAAACUUAAAUAGAACAAAAAAUACUUCUAAUAUGGCCUCUCAUGAAAUGGGACUUGCUUGUAUGGAGGUCCCACCAAAUACCUCACCAUUUAAAAUAAUGCGUGAAUGGAUUGACGAAGCCAAACACUGUGGAAUGUUAAAGCCUGUGUUUAAUAUCGCUACAGCUACAAAGACUGGGGAAGUUUUAAAUCGUACAAUUACUUAUGCAGAAAUAACGGAGGAGGAAGAUUUUUUCUUCGUUACUGACGUAAGAAGUACUAAAUCCAAACACAUUGCUGAAAACCCAAUUGCAAGUGUUUGCUUACUAUUGUAUUAUUUAAAAGAUGGUAUCACUAUAUCUAGACAGGUACGUUUCUUUGGACCGGUGGGGCAACUGCCUACUGAUCAAACAUCAGCCUAUUUUGAUAACAUACCAGAGUUUAUGAAAGUUAAGUUUCAUAUUGUUCAACAAGGAAAAAUACUCGAUUGGGAAACACAUAAGAAUAAAUUCGACGCACUUGUAAAACAGUGUGAAAAAGGAUUGCAACUGAAAAUGCCUUCAACAGUGAUUGCCUAUCGCCUUACUCCAGUAGAAAUGGAUUUUUAUAAUGGAAGAGAUCAUUUUAUCGCAGAUAGAAUUAUUUUCAAAAGUUGUGGUAAUGGAAAGUGGUGUCACCGAAGAAUUGGACCUUAAUAUUAAAACCAGAAACAGACUUUAUGAAAUACACAUAAUAAACAUUUUUGGAAAGAAAUUAAUAUUAAUA